AUGUCCGGCGCGCCCUCACGCCUCAAGUCCAUCCUGGGCCAUCUCACGAGUUCAAAGACAACGCCCUCCGAUGCGCCUCACCUCCACCAUCUGUCCCCCACAUUUUUCCUGGAGCGCGCAGCAGCCAUCGAGCCUGAUGCUCAAGCCAUCUAUCAUGUCACGGCCAAUAACGUCCCGCUGAGCCGGACAUAUGCUGAAUUCUCCGAGCGGACGCGAGGACUGGCGUACUACCUCCAGAGUCACGGCUACAGACGCGUGGGAGUGCUGGCACCCAACACGCCAGCGUUCCUCGAGGCCAUCUAUGGCAUUGUUGCCGCGGGAGGUGCCAUUGUCCCGGCCAACUAUCGUCUGAAGGAGGAAGAUAUUGCAUACAUCUUUGAGUUUGCAGAGGUUGAUUGCAUCAUUGUCGACCAGGAGUUUGUGCAUCUCUUGGACUAUCUUCGGAAAAGCAACCAAGAAGUGCCAUUUUUGGUAGACACGGAUACGGAUGCCGACACUGGACCAUAUGACCAGGCCAUCCAACAGGGCCUGGAGCAUGCUCGCACCGCAAAUCUCCAUGGCUGGACCGGCCUGCAAUGCCACGCCACGGAUGAGGACUCGAUGCUCGCCAUCCCCUUCACGUCCGGGACCACCAGCCGUCCCAAGGGAGUCAUGUACACCCACCGCGGAGCCUACCUCGCUGCACUCGGGAACGUCAUUGAGUCAAACCUCAGCGCCGGGCGCUGUCGAUAUCUAUGGACGUUGCCCAUGUUUCACGCCAUAGGGUGGACGUUUCCCUGGGCGGUUGUCUCAGUGAGAGGACUCAACGUCUGCCUGAGGAAGAUUGACUAUCCACUCAUUUGGAAGCUCUUGAAGGAGCAGAAAAUUACGCACUUUAACGCCGCACCGACAGUCAACACUUUGCUUGUGGCCGCCAAGGAAGCCGAGAGGCUUGAGCAGGAAGUCAGGUCAAAUCUGAAUCUGAAACCAGUACAUGUGUACGGCUUGACGGAAACCUACGGCCCCAUCACAAAGUCGUACCCCAUGCCUUCCUGGGACGACCUCUCAGCCCAGGAGAAAUAUGCUAAGAUGGCUCGUCAGGGCCACGGCUUCAUCGUCUCCCUGCCCAUCCGCGUCAUCAAGCCCGAGCAGCCACCAGGCGUGCUCAUCGACGUCGCCAAGAACGGCGCUGAGGUGGGCGAGAUUAUCUUCUCCGGCAACAUCUGUGCAAAGGGCUACUACAAGGACGAAGAGGCGACCAAGAAACUGUUUGACGGUGGCUGGCUUCAUUCGGGGGAUCUCGCCGUGUGGCAUCCCGACGGCAGCGCCCAAAUCUUUGACCGGGCCAAGGAUAUCAUCAUCUCAGGCGGGGAAAACAUCUCGAGCGUGGCACUGGAGAGCAUGCUCGUGGAGCACGAGGACGUUCUCGAGGCAGGCGUCGUCUCUGUCCCGGACGAGCAAUGGGGCGAGCGGCCGAAAGCGUUCGUCACGGUCAAGGAGGGGAAGAGUGUCAGAGGCGAGGACAUUAUCGCGUGGGCCAAGAACUCUAGCCGGAUCAGUCGCUUCAUGGUGCCCAGGGAGGUUGUUGUUGUCAAGGAGCUUCCCAAGACGAGCACGGGCAAGAUCAAGAAGAAGGACCUGCGUGAGUGGGCGUCGCAAGAGUAG